AUGCAUCCCAAACUCACGCGGAGAUAUUUUCUUCCCCUCAUAAGCCUGCUGUUAAUCCGGUACAUCCCGGGUUCCUUGUGUCAAAACGGUGGAGAAUAUGCAACCUGUGGUGCUCCAUUUCAGUGUGCCGGAAUCCGGGGAAUAAGUUAUCCAUUCUUUGGUUGGGAUAGGCCGGAGUAUUGCGGAUAUCCAGGUUUCCAGCUCAAUAAUUGCCAAGGCGAUUGUGCCGGAAUCCGGGGAAUAAGUUAUCCAUUCUUUGGUGGGGAUAGGCCGGAGUAUUGCGGAUAUCCAGGUUUCCAGCUCAAUAAUUGCCAAGGCGAUGUCCCAAUUCUUACUAUUUCAUCAGUACGAUAUCGUGUCCUGGAAAUCGAUAACUCCGGAAAGACAGUUAGAGUUGCAAGAGAGGAUUUAUGGAACAUCACUUGUCCCAGAUUCCUUUACAACACAACCUUGGAACAAAACGUCUUUCUGCUUUCUCCCAAUUAUCCAAUCAUUACUCUAUACUACGGUUGCUCCACAAUUAAUGGUCAGGCUAUACCACAGCUCCCAUCGAUGUUCCCUUGCGUUGUGAACGAUACCAGCAGCGCAAGUUUCUUCACAGUAGGAGGAAAUUUUCCAUCUAUCCCUGGAUUGGAAACUGGUAUCAGAUGUGAGACUAAUAUCUCCGUUCCAGUCAAUCAAGCUGCGGCAGGGUUCUUGGCAGGUUCUACAGCUUCAAUCGUUUCACUUCAAGACGCUCUUGCUAGUGGCUUCUCAUUGCAGUGGUCCGCGAAUAAUAACGUCUGUGAAAAUUGCACUCGGUCAGGUGGUCUAUGCGGAACUAAUCGGGAUUCUCAAUCAUUUGCUUGUUAUUGUGUUAAUGGAACUUCUGCGUCAACUUGCAACUCUAUUGAAACUGAAAACGGUACGUGA